AUGGAAGCGGGCAGCGCAGCCAGGACAAACGGCACCACCAGCAAACCCGAGGACGUCAAGAGCCCAACUGCCCCCAAAAAAGAAGAGGAAGCCAAGAAAGCCACGAGCCCUGGUGGAGGCGAGAAAGAAGCUAUAAAAGGCACGGGCGGUGCUGCGUUGGAGACAGGGCAAAUCAAGAGCUCCCUCUUCUCUGGGAGUGACUGGAAGAGGCCCAUCAUUCAGUUUGUGGAGUCAUCCGACGAGAAGAGGUCAACCUACUUCAGCAUGGACUCGGCAGACUCCAAGAAGAUGCAGUUUGCCAGUGGCCAGAUUGGAGACAUGCGGAGACCGGCCCUGAACUUCCCGGAGAAAGGGGACCUCAGGAAGUCCCUCUUCUCCUUGGAUUCCAAAAAGAGCUUCCUGCCUGCUGACGGGGAAGGGAGGAAGUCCUUGUUCUCCUCAGGGCAGAUGGGGGACCUGAAGAAAUCUUCCCUGCCUCUGGUGGAGACGGGGGAUCUGAGAAGACCCUUCAACAAGCCCGACAGAGCCGCGGGCUCCCGGCCCCGCGUCAAGCUCGAGGACGUUCUCUGCGACUCCUGCAUCGACAACAAGCAGAAGGCUGUGAAGUCCUGCCUGGUGUGCCAGGCUUCCUUCUGCGAGCUGCACCUCAAGCCCCACCUGGAGGGAGCGGCGUUCCGGGACCACCAGCUCCUGGACCCCAUCAGGGACUUCGAAGCCAGAAAAUGCCCUGUGCAUGGCAAGACCAUGGAGCUGUUCUGCCAGACGGACCAGAUGUGCAUCUGCUACCUCUGCAUGUUCCAGGAGCACAAGAACCACAGCACGGUGACGGUGGAGAUCGAGAAGGCGGGGAAAGAGGCCGAGCUGUCGCUGCAGAAGGAGCAGCUGCAGCUGAAGAUCAUCGAGGUGGAAGAUGAGGUGGACAAGUGGCAGAAGGAGAGGGACCGCAUCAAGAAUUACACCACCAACGAGAAAGCCACAGUGGACCAGCACUUCAAGGAGCUGAUCCGUGACCUGGAGAGGCAGAGGGAUGAGGUGAAGGCUGCCCUGGAUCAGAGGGAAAAGAUCGCCUCGGAGAACGUGAAAGAAAUUGUGGAUGAGCUGGAGGAGAGGGCGAAGCUGCUGCGGGAGGACAAGGAGAACAGGGAGCAGAUCCACCAGAUCAGCGACUCCGUGCUCUUCCUGCAGGAAUUUGGGGCUCUGAUGAGGAAUUACGUGCCACCUCCAUCCCUCCCAACCUACAGCGUGCUGCUGGAAGGGGAGAGCAUGAGCCCAUCCAUGGGGCUGCUCAGGGAUGACCUCCUCAACGUCUGCAUGAGGCACGUGGAGAAGAUCUGCAAGGCAGACCUGGGCCGCAACUUCAUCGAGAGGAACCACAUGGAGAACGGGGACCACCGGUUCAUGAUGAACAACUACGAGUGGAACCAGCCUGACAACCUGAAGAGAUUUUCCAUGUUCCUGUCUCCCAAAGCCAAUUUCAACCCACGGUCAUGGGAAUUUUCCUCCUUCCAAGCGACUGAGGAAACACUUGUAGGCAAUGGCACUAAGCUGCCUUUUCAGUUCUCCUCGGUGGGACAGAAUCCGCCCGGUGACUUCAGCAAACAGUCUGAUGGGAGCCUCUUCACUAAGACCGCCUACCCUUCCAUUGUGAGGCACCAGUCUGCAAAGGUGACGCCACAGACGUGGAAAUCCUCCUCCAAGCAGUCGGUAUUGUCACAUUACCGCCCCUUCUACGUCAACAAAGGCAACGGAGCCACCUCCAACGAGGCCCCCUGAGCCCCUGAGGAUGUGGGGGAGAGCCGGCAGCGCUCGGAGUGAAGGCUCAGCUGCGGAUUUUCACGGAUGUACCUGCUACUCUUUUAACCCUACUGCUCUAAUCUCUGCCAGGGCCAGGGGAGGUGCAGGAGGGAAUCGCCUUUCCCUGAGCAAACCGGGACUUUUCCCCGAAUCACCCGCUGGCCUUGAGAGCUCGGCAGGCCUUAACACCCUCUGCUGUCCCCUCCUUGUCCCCUCGCUGUCCCCAGCUGCUCUGCCCUUCAUGCUUGGGUGGCACCCCCUGCUAGGCAGCUGUCCCCCUGUCCCCAGAGCUGCUAAAUCCUGGUGGAGGACCCGAGCUGGGUGUUCCCAAAGCUCUUCUGAGCUGGGUGUUCCCAAAGCUCUUCCCAGCACGGAGAGAUCCCAGGCUGGAGCUUUUCCUGUGCCUCUCCACGCUGGGGACGCCCAGCUCCCACUGGGAUCAGAUCCUGGUGGCAUCACACGUCCCCAGGGUCCUCCAUCAGCUCAGCUCUGCUCCUCACCUGCCAAAAAACCCCAGCAGGAUUUUUCCGGAGCUGCUGGAGGAGGGCAGGGAGGCUUUCCAGCCCAUUAAAGUGCCCCUCCAGCCACCGUUUCAAAUUAAGAAAUAAAAAGCAAAUCCAUCCUAGUAAUACAAGAUUGAUUAGAUGCCAUAGGUGCUGGGUGCUUUUCUGGUUUGUGGUGGUUUUUCUUAAUUCCCCUAAACCAAAAUUGAUUUAUAUACUGUAGUUCAGGUAUUUUAUAUUUUAUUUUUUCCCUGCAGUGGGCAAUGAGAAUUACUGCCACAGCUUUUUGCUCAGGAUAAUAUUUUUGUAUUUGUCCCCUGGACAGAUGAAUCACAUCCAGGGCUGGAGAACCAUUCCAUGAUCUCCCUGAGGGGAUUUUCCUUCUCCAUGGACAAGCUGAGGGGUUCAGUCCAUGCCAUGCAGGGGGAGAAAUGGGAAUAAGAGCCCUGAAAUGGUGAAAACCAAGACCUAACAGCUCCUUUUCAUGGUUUGCUCUAUCCAAGCAGCUUUGAAAUGGCUUCCCCCUACUUUUUCCUGCUUGCAGCACCUUGCUGAGGGAGGUCCCACCUGAAAAUUCCUUCCUGGCUCAUCCUUUCACAAAGAUACUCACGGCUUUUUAACACUACACCUCACCCAAAACUCCUGGGGCUGGGUGUUGGUCGCUCCAGAGCACUUGAAAUGUCACUUUAUGAUGAUUUUCUUCUUCCCCCCCAAUAAAGACCAGAGUGGGGAAGGGGCUGGCAUGGUAGGGCAGGAUGUGACAAAAAGGAUGUGAAAAAAAGGAUGUGAAAAAAGGGAUGGAAUCACUGGGUUUGGCACUGAGGGGUUUGAGGAUGUGCAUGAAAGGAUAAAAUCAGCCCACUCCAGCUCUGUUUGCUCUUGAGCAGGUCCACUAAAACCUUCCACCACCUCCUUUUUAAGCUCCAAAACAUGGGCACGACCCUUCCUGCUGCUCCUCCUCCUCAGCUUGGAUGUUAAAAUCCCCUGUCCCCCUGCCCUGAGGACACCACUGUCCCUUCCUCCCGCUGUCCCCUGCCCUCUCUGUGCCCCCACAGCCCCUUUGCUCCCCUUCCCCUCCCCAGGGGCCUCCCCCAGCCCUUGCACACCCAAAUUCCCACCAGGAAUGGAGCUGCUCCCUGUUUGUCCCAGCCCUGGAGGACGCCAGGACCCUGCUGGGGUGCCCCAGCCCCUUUUCCCCCCGGGAUGGGGCACAUCCCAGCCCUGUGGUACCUCUGCUUCCCAGGGCUUUCCAGCGAGGCUCUGAGGUGGGCAGGAACUGUUUGGAUGGUGUUUUGGUCAGCAAAGCCGGAGGGUUCCUCCUCCUCCUCCUCAGACAGGACGUGGCUGCGCUGGUGAUAAACGAGAUGUAAACGAGGCCCCUCAAACGCUGCAGAAAUAAAGGAGAAAGCUCCAUGUCUGACCAAAACCAGCCUGCUGAGAUCUGUCUGUGGCGUUUCUGUGCUCUCAGAGAGGCUGAGUCUCUCCAAAUUAUCCUUUCUGUGAGCUUGGGGAACCCGUUUUCACUGCUUUUUGGAUGUUUAAGGUCAGAGGAAAUUCCCACACCCUUGAGGGUCAAAAGUUGAUGGAUGCAUUUCUAGUACACCACCCCAAAAAUACCCGGCUAGGUCAGCUCCCAAAAUCCUUCCCAAGGGCAUUUCUGGAAAACCCCUCAGCCAGUGCCAGUUAAACCAUCCUGUAUUCACUGGCCAAAAUAAGAGUAUUUUGCCCCAGCCUGGGUCUGGAUCUCCCCAGGAGGUUGGUUCUGGGCACCUCUGGGACCCAUUUGAGCCCUUCUGGGACCUCUGGUUCUGUUCAGCUCGAAGGUCUUGUGUCCAUCACAGCUUCUCCUUCCCCUGAGGGAAAGAAAAUCCCUGUGGGGUGCCAAAAAUGCAGAUUCAAGGCCAAAACCAAGUGGAUGUAGCACUGACAGCUGCUAAAGUAGCGAUUGUACAUCCCUCUGUGAGGACAAAGGUUAUUCACAGGAAGAUUUCCAGAGGAUUCCUGGCAUAUUUCUACUCCCAGGCACUAAAUACCAGCUAUUUCCCCCCAGACACCAGCAGCACUCAUCCUGAGGAGUGAGAAUGCCACCAAUUCACUGGAGGAGCCGGUAAAUCCUUGUUUACCCCACAAGGGAGUUAGCAGAGGAGAGAGCUCAGCUCUUUCCCAUCAAUUCCACUCAUUGCCUCCAUUACUGUUAUUAC